UUCUGCUUGCACCACCGGGUUGCCUCCCUCCGCCUGCCCUUGGAGCGGCUGCCUGCAGAGAGCAGUUCGCCGCGGAUCAUGCUGGCCCUGCCCAGGCUCCGGCUCCUGACUUGGGCUUGGCGCCGGGGGAACCUGCAAGCGGCGGCCGGCCGGCCUUUCUGCGCCGCCGCCCAGGAGGAGGACGGACGAGCCGGCCAAGGACAGCAGCAGCAGCGCCCGCCCUUGGAUCCCGGCCUCCUGGAGAUCCUCGCGUGCCCUUUGUCCAAGAAGUCGCUCAGGUAUGAAGAAUCCACCAGUGAGUUGAUUAACGAAGAGCUGGGCAUCGCUUACCCCAUCAUUGAUGGCAUUCCUCAUAUGAUACCCCAGGCAGCGAGGAUGAUUGGCAAGGAGAACCAAGAAAAGGAACCCGAACAGACCUAGGUGAUGGUCUUUUAAAAAG